UUCACCAAAGGAAUGGAUUAUAGGACAUUCAACUUUUCUCAUAACGAAUUCUACUUGAUUGGAUUCACGGAUCUAAACGAGUUUCGGCAGUAUCUGUUCAUCCCAUUUUUAGUCUUGUUUGUGUUCCAAUUGUUUGCGAAUGGAAUUAUAAUGUUUGUGAUUAUAAAAGAAAGAAAGUUGCAUGCUCCCAUGUACAUUCUGAUUGGGUUCAUUGCAGCUCUGGGCUUUAUAGAACCACUAUUUCUUCUUCCAAGAAUGUUAGUCAGUUUUCUGUUUGGCAGAAAUGUGAUUUAUAGAAACGAAUGUUUCAUUCAAAUGUUUUGUCUGCAUAUGGCCGGUUUAUUCCAGUCAAGUAUAUUGGUCAUGAUGGCAGUGGACCGAUUUUUUGCCAUCAUUUUCCCCUUGCAGUACCAUGACUAUGUAAACUUUAAAACCUCAUUAAUAUUCUGUUUGUCUCUUUUUAUCCGUAACUUGCUUUAUGUUGCCUCAAUGGUUGGUUUGCUGGGGCCACUAUAUUUUUGUAAAUCAAACGAGAUUUACCACUGUGUUUGUGAGCAUACAUCUGUUGUUAAUUUAGCCUGUGGUGAUCUUACUAAGAAUUACAUGGCUGGGAUAAUCGGUUUCAGCUUAACAUCAAGCGACUGUGUAUUCAUUGUCUGUUCUUACAUUGUUAUUUUUGUGAUUAUAUUUCGUUCUCCUUCAGGGGAGUCGCGCCAAAAAGCUAUCUAUACAUGUAGCACACAUUUAAUGGUCUUGGUGGUGGCCUUUCUCUCUGUUGUGGGUGCAUUUGCUGGCUAUAGGAUUCCUACAAUACCUAGAGAUCUACGUGUGCUAUGUACCUUGGGAUAUCUUAUUCUUCCGAACUGUUUUAACCCAGUAAUCUAUGGCAUGAGAACCAAGGAAAUCAGAGUUCAAAUUGUUAAAUAUUUAUCUUCUAAUAAGGUUAAUCUACAUCAGUGGUCUUCCCUAUUUUUUUCAUGAGAGCCACACUGAUACAGUAGGUAGAACCCAAAAUGAAGAACACUGAUCUACAUUAACCCUGAGAUAUGGUUUAAUUUGUUGUAUCUUUGUUCUCUGUUCCAACUUACUGUGUACAUGGAUGAUGUUUGUAAUUAGUCUGUAAUUUGUACAUACAUGUUAAUAAUACAUCAACGUUUUUGUUAGAUUGAUACAGUACAUGAAUUGGUAGAACAUAUAUGAAUCUAUUCAUUCUCUUUUGUGUGUGAUUGUCAUAUGCGUACAUAAAAGCAACCUGAAAUUUUGUUAUGACUGUAUAUGUAACAUUUAAUUCUGGUAUGAUUAUAAACAUGC